UGAUAUUUCAGAAAAGAAAAUGGAUCCUGAUCUAUACGACGAGUUUGGAAAUUAUGUUGGACCCGACCUUGAGUCCGAGGAAGACUCCAGCAGUGACGAAGAGAAGGACCGGGACGAGGAGGAGGCCAUGCAGGGGGACGAGGAGCAGGAUGAGGAGGACGAACCCUCAGCUCAGUCCAUGGCAAUAGUGCUCCACGAGGAUAAGAAGUAUUAUCCAACUGCCGGAGAAGUUUUCGGACCUGGUGUUGAGACAAUAGUCCAUGAGGAGGAUACCCAGCCUAUCACCAAACCUAUCAUUGAACCCGUGAAGAAGAACAAGUUCGAGCACGUUGAGCAGGAGCUGCCCAGGACUACUUACCAGAUAGAGUUCCUCGCUGAUCUCAUGGAUAACAGUAAUCUGAUUCGUAAUGUUGCUCUGGUGGGACAUCUUCAUCACGGGAAAACAUCCUUCGUUGAUUGUCUGAUGCAGCAAACCCAUCCUGAUCUUCAAUCUAAGGAUGACAAACCUGUCCGGUACACAGAUACUCUCUUUACAGAACAAGAACGUGGAGUUUCAAUCAAGGCCAUGCCUGUAUCCCUGGUCUGCCAGGACGUCAGGGACAAAUCCUUCCUUCUCAAUGUAUUCGAUACUCCCGGCCACGUCAACUUCUCCGACGAGGUGACCGCCAGUAUGCGCCUGGCGGACGGCGUAUGCGUGUUUAUCGACGCGGCGGAGGGUGUGAUGUUGAACACAGAGCGGGUGAUCAAGCAGGCGGUCCAGGAGAAGCUGGCGGUGACCGUGUGUAUCAACAAGAUAGAUCGACUUAUGCUGGAACUUAAACUUCCGCCCCAGGAUGCGUACUACAAGCUGCGUCAUAUAGUGGAGGAGGUUAACGGCCUCAUCAGCCUCUACUCGGAGGAUGAAUCUAUUCAAGUUCUAUCUCCAAUCCAAGGAAAUGUAUGUUUUGCUAGUUCCCAAUACGGAGCCUGCUUCACACUCAAAUCCUUCGCUGCUCUGUACAACUCUACCUACGGGAACAUCAACGUGAACGAGUUCGCUAGACGGCUCUGGGGGGACAUCUACUUCAACUCCAAGACGAGGAAGUUCUCUAAGAAACCUCCUCAUGGUUCCGCGCAGAGAAGCUUUGUUGAGUUUAUCCUUGAACCUCUCUACAAGCUGUUUGCUCAUGUUGUUGGAGAUGUUGAUACCUGUCUGCCAGGACUCUGUCAGGAGCUGGGAGUAAGGUUGACUAAGGAGGAGAGUAAGAUGAAUAUCCGACCUUUACUCCGUCUCAUCUGCUCCAGGUUCCUCGGGAACUUUACAGGGUUCACGGAUAUGUGUGUGGAACAUAUUCCUAGUCCUCUAGAUAAUGCUAAGAUGAAGGUUGAUCAGAUCUACAGCGGAACCAACGAAACGGAGAGGUACGAGGAUAUGGUGGCCUGUGACCAGGAUGGUCGACUCAUGGUACACACCACCAAACAGUACCCUACUGAGGAUACAACUUGUUUCCAUGUUCUCGGACGGGUUAUGAGCGGAACUCUGCAUUCAGGACAAGAGAUUCGUCUGUUGGGAGAGAACUACACAGUAUUUGACGAAGAAGACAGCAGAAGCCUUCGAGUUGGUCGUCUUUGGAUCUAUGAAGCUAGGUACAAAAUUGAAGUCAACCGUGUCCCCGCCGGUAACUGGGUUCUGAUCGAAGGAAUCGAUCAAGCAAUCGUCAAGACAUCGACCAUCACUGACUUGCAGGGCAACGAGGAGCUCUACAUCUUCCGCCCCUUGAAGUUUAACACCCAGUCCGUGAUAAAGAUUGCUGUAGAGCCUGUGAACCCCAGUGAGCUUCCGAAGAUGUUGGACGGUUUGAGAAAGGUAAACAAAUCUUAUCCCUUGCUCUCCACAAGGGUAGAGGAGUCAGGUGAGCAUGUGAUCCUGGGAACUGGAGAACUUUACCUCGACUGUGUUAUGCACGAUCUCAGAAAACUAUAUUCAGAGAUCGACAUCAAGGUUGCUGAUCCUGUCGUCUCCUUCUGCGAGACUGUGGUCGAAACUUCCAGUUUGAAAUGUUUCGCCGAGACCCCGAACAAGAAGAACAAGAUGACAAUGAUUGCUGAACCGUUGGAGAAGGGUUUAUCUGAGGAUAUUGAGAACGAGGUUGUAUCUAUCACGUGGAAUAAGAAGAGAUUAGGAGAAUUUUUCCAAACCAAAUAUGACUGGGAUUUACUUGCCGCAAGAUCUAUCUGGGCCUUUGGUCCUGAUGCAACCGGACCAAAUAUAUUGGUGGACGACACACUCCCCUCCGAGGUGGACAAGGGACUGCUAGGAUCCGUCAAGGAGAGUAUAGUUCAAGGUUUCCAGUGGGGUACUAGAGAAGGACCGUUAUGCGAGGAACCGAUCAGAAAUGUCAAGUUUAAGAUCCUCGACGCAGUGAUCGCCAACGAACCGAUUCAUCGCGGCGGUGGUCAGAUUAUCCCAACCUCAAGAAGGGUAGCAUACUCCGCCUUCCUCAUGGCUACACCUAGACUCAUGGAACCCUAUCUGUUUGUUGAGGUAUCCGCCCCGGCGGAUUGUGUAUCUGCUGUAUAUACCGUGCUCGCUAGACGGCGAGGUCACGUGACCCAAGAUGCUCCUGUACCUGGUUCCCCACUGUACAUCAUUAAGGCAUUUAUCCCCGCCAUCGACUCAUUCGGGUUUGAGACGGAUCUCCGAACCCAUACUCAGGGUCAAGCAUUCUGUUUAUCAGUAUUCCACCACUGGCAGAUUGUACCCGGAGAUCCCCUGGAUAAAUCCAUCACAAUCCGUCCCCUUGAACCCCAACCCGCCACAGCCCUAGCCAGGGAGUUCAUGGUGAAAACGAGGAGAAGGAAGGGUCUCUCUGAGGACGUCUCCAUCAACAAGUUCUUCGAUGAUCCUAUGUUGUUGGAGUUGGCCCGACAGGAUGUUAUGCUAAACUAUCCGAUGUAAAUACUUGCUCUCUCACAUGUCUCACGUUUACCUUGCAUUUUUGUUUCAGA